AUGAGACCUCAACGCCAAUGGCUCGGACGAUCUGGAGCUGUCAUGACUGAGAUGGCAAAACCUCUCACCCCGUCCGCUUAUAACUUUAAUCAACCCGACUGUCGACCGGCCAUGAAGUGCAGUGCGCUCAGCUUGACGUCGGUGGUCGCUCUGCUCGUGGCCAGUGCUGCUGCAGGCGACUUCGUCGAGGAGAUGCAAAGAGAUUUCAAGAUGGCACUGCUGCCGCGGCAGCUUGCGACGAAUCUCCAGGCAUUUAGCGGGAAACUGGGAGGCGAAGCUGCCCCGGCUAUCACAAACUCGGGCAACCCGGAAAGGCCAUUUGAGGUGGACGGUGAUACCUUUACGGACUUCCAAUCCGCGGCAGGCCGAGCAUGUGACAACCAGAAAAACCUCUGCGCCAACCAGGCAAACAGUAACAAGGGCGGCUCUCUCGAAGUAGGGGACUGUGAUAAGCAGAAUGACCAAUGCAAACAAGCUGCCUCGAGCGCGACGGUGACCAGCUUUGCUACGCUGACGAGCUCGACUGCCGAUUUUGACAUUUUCUGCGAGUAA